AUUAAUUCAUUCAUCUUUGUAUGUCUUUCGUAACUAGUUAUAUUUCAUAAAUUACAGACUUGAUAAUAGAAAUUUGUACUCAUACUUAAUGUGAGUACCAUUAAAAAGGAUAAAUUAACACUUUAUUAUAAGUAUAAAGUACUAAAAAUUCGACUAAGUAAAUGUAUCAUUACCCACGUAUCUGUAUUUUUUUCAAGCGUUUAGCUGUAAAAUGGAUUAGUAAUGACCAUUUCCAUACUAACAGUCGUGAGAAUUUAACAAACCUUCGUAAAUUCGAAAUAUAACUAACGAAUUUUGGUGAAUUAUUCUAAUCAUCAUAUCCUUUUCACUUAUCACUUAUUGUUUGGUGUGAGGAAGAAAGUUAUUUACUGACUAUGAACGUAAUUGGAUGAUAUGCAGCUAUAGUGCUGUUAAAAUACUCAUUCGGUUAUCAAAAAACGGGUUUACGUUUGACCGUUUAUUUCCAUCGAAACCUUACAUAGAAUAAAUAAAUAGUCAUAGUUGAUAUUUAUAUUGUGGUUCCAUCUUGUUAAUCUCUUAAGAUUGUUGUUCCAAUUUUUCAUUGAUAUUUUGGACAAAUUCGUUUGCUUCGAUUGGACGAUACAAUCAUUAUAUUUGUUUUUACCGACCGACCACGAAAACUCGAUUGUUGGAGACUGGUUAGUGAGUAGAAAAUUGUCGACGAUGGCAGGGCGAAAAUCCUCAUUGUUUGUUUCGCCUACGCAUAUGUGAUUUUAGGAUCAUGAAAGAUCGGUUAAAACUAAUGUUAAGUAGCAAAUGUAGAAAACAGUCCUUAUCCACUUAGUUGCAACUAUUAUUCUUUAAAUUUCUUGUAAUACUUGAUUUCUUUUCGCUAUGGUCAACCAUGGUGUAUUAUUUAUCAAACUCUUUAAACUAAAAAACCUAAUUUAAUUCUUUUAGGAUGAAACAACAGAAAUUGCUAUGAAUCAUAAGUAUUGGCCUAAAAAUGACUGAUCACAAUCGAUUAGAUUUGAACAACUUUCUGUUAAAAGUAUCAGACAAUUUUUUAUGAGAGAAACUGUGAAGGAAUACACCUUAGUGUUAUUGUUUGCACCUUUCUGAUCAUUAAGUUAGAUAAAAUAUUUGCUACACCUAGUCUGUUGUUGACGAUAUAUCUUUCAUUGGAAAACCGAUAUUAAUUUCAUUCUUCGUUGUAAAUUCUCUGUAAAUAAUACAUUAUUGUCUUCAUGGAGACAGAUGGACAGGUAUGAACAUAUUGAAAUGGUCGUUUGCGAUAGUUUGCUAUAUAGGCUGUGUAAAAACAUGCAAUCUACUAUCACUUUCAUAAAUAACGGUUUUACUGAGGUUGAUAUCAUCUUAAUUAUAUCAGCAAGUGUGAUAUUUUAGAAGUUCAAGCAAGUAUGUGUAAAAUUGAUGUGAUUUUUGUUGCAGAAUUGUAAAUUUCAGUUUAAAUUUAUUAACCGUAAUAUACAACUAUUUUUAAUAAAAGUAUAUCUGAUCAGAGUAAUCUCUACUUUUCGAAUGCUGAAAGAUAGUAGCAAAAAAGAAUUCAUUUUUGUUGACGUGUCGGUUACAAUUAGUGUAUUUUCUUUGUUAGUCAUUCCUUAUCAACAUUCUUAUAGAUUUCUAUUUUUACAACUCUGUUAACCGCUCACGUCUAUUCACUAACCCCCAAGACGUAGAUGUUACCAGGUAUUGAAUGUUUAUGAAAUAUAUUUCUCCGUAACUUUGCACGCAAACCUACUUUUUAUUAUUUACCUGACAAACAUCCAUAAAUUUUAUGAUUUUUUAAUCCUUAAAGCAACACACUAAGCUAUUUAGUCGUGUUUAUUUAUACAUGUGAAUAUCGUAUACAGAUUCAGUUUCUUCCAAUGAGUUACAUCAAUCAAAAUUCAUUUAAAUAUGGGGGAUGUGUAUUAAUAAUAAUUUCUUCAGUUCAAAGUUUGAUACUUUAAUGUUUAGGUUAUUUAUUAUCCUUGUAUUUGCCCAGAAAUUCUCUAUAAGGAGAAUAUCGAUGAAAUGUCACCCAAGAUUAAGUAAUGCCAUACGUUUAUGAAAUAUAUCUCCAUCUUUUGUUUUAUAAACUGGCUUCUUAAGUCUCAUGAAUAGGUUAAACAAAAGGUUGUACCAUUGAUAUACCUAAAAUGGUUUAGCGUUGAUAAAAUCGGCAAGUUAACGUGCGUUUUUCAGGUCUUUUUGAUUUAAUGUUUUCAUUAUUGAUGAGUCUUAUUAGAAAUUCCAUGAAACUACUGUUCGACUAGUACAGUUUCACUCCUGGUUAACAAAUUUAAUAAAGAUAUUGCUACUUUAUAAUAAAAAUAACAUACUACUAAGAUAGGCACCAUUUAAAAAUAUUUACGUGACCACUAUUACCAAUAAGAUAACUCUAAAAUAAAUCUCUGUGUAGGCAGAUUGGAAAUACAUAUAGGAGCUUUACAUUUUAAAACAAAAAUUAAUAUUUUAAUUUGUUUCACUUAAAAGGUCUUGUCCAUCCUUGAAUACUACUAUUUAUGUGGUUCUCGAUGCAAAUUUUAUCGCGGUUAGUACAGCUUAACUAUAGUAUUAUUAAAUGAAAAGAUAUUUAGAAGUACUUUUGUUGUUUAGAUUUUAUUAGUUUAUUUUAUUUUAUUUGAACACAUAAACAUUGGUACAAGAGGGCACCAAAUAUGUAUGCGCCACACAUUUUCAUUACCAUUAUAUUUGUGUGUGGGCUAUGAUACUGCCCGGGUGCCCAGACCGAAACAGGUGGUUUUCUUAGGGGGCCACGCCCCGAGCCUUUGACCUAAAGGUCUGAUCUACAAGGCAGUGGAGCAACGUAAGGAGACGCAGUCCCAUGGUAGCCGGUGACCAAAAAUUGGUUCAUACGCCAUUUGUUCCCUUAGGAUACUGGAGCCCAUUUGCACCAUUGAUUUGGUUUGGGAUCCGGUUAAAGCGCUGGACAUCCGCUUUUCGUCCUCUCGAUUUCGUAAACAACACCCCCGUCACGAGAAGGCAGUGAGUAGGACUUCCCUGGCAGAGGCAUGUGAGAGCAUUUCGAGAGGGAGGGCGGGCCCACCCCACUCUCGGCCAUACCAGGGCAUUUGGGGGCAGAUGUUAUUAGUGCUAUUUAUAGACGGAAUGUAUUGAAAUUUAAUCAUAUUUCUUUAAUAUGAAAUAGUAUACCGUUAUUACAGGUUUGUUUCUUCGGUGUAAUGCUAAUUUUAUUCCUUAUUUGGUUCAAAUUUAUGGUGCUUUUUGUUCAAACUAUUCGCAUUGAAAUAUGCUGUUUAUUUGCUAUUUGUUAUCUCUGUACUAGUAAAACUCACUAGUAUGUUUGUUACAGGUUACCUGUAUGACUCUGUAAGUUAUUCUUCGAUGGACACUAAUCACUCUUAUGAAUGAAAAUCCAUAAAUUUAUAAAAUAUUAUACUCAACAUCUUGUUUCGUUAAUUAUUUGUGUUAUCCAACAUCUGCAUCACAACAACUAAGUAAUGCUCCAUUACACCUGCAAAUAAUUUUACUAAAGAUGUAUAAACAUAUCUGUUAAUGUUUCACAUCUUAGUAAUUUAAACCUAAAUCACCUUUGAGAUUUUUUCAGGCCUAAAAUCGCUUGUUCUGUUUGCCUUCAACGAAUUUCUUCAUCCGGUUUUCUAUAACUCUUACUAGGGAAUAUCCAUCGGUUCAUCCAAUAUUAAUUAAUUUUCAUGAUGUUCUUCUGUUGACAAACUUUGUUUAAAUAGACUCCACAAACUUUAAGAGACAGAAUUCCUUUUGUCAAAACAUCCAAUAAUAUAGAUCAGUGGUAUAUCUGGUCAGAGUACUGCAUAGUUAAUUUAAUUACUGUUCUUUUUUAAAUUUUCAGGUUGAUAGUUGUUUGUUAGUGAAGAGCCAAUUAAUUUCGUUUGUACAUUAUUGUCGAUUAUUACAUCUCUGAUUAAUUCGAAAUCUUACAUAUUAAAUACUGAUACUCUAGGAUAUCGGUGAACAAGGUGAACUUAAACAUUUUUGAAUUAUCGAACAACGAUUCAAUGAACAUCAUUAUAUAAACCAGUGUAUGAACACAAUUUGGUUUUUGCUAGUGUCAACCUUGAAUGACAAUAUAAUAGUUUUGAUAUAAUUCUUGAUAAGUUUAAAGUUAAUAUAAUAUCAUUUUUUAACACAAGUAAAGCCAAUAAAUAUUACUUAUUUUUAUGGUUCUUGAUUCUUUUCAUGAUGUUAGUGUUUGUAACCUAAGUGUAAAUUGUUGAUGGAAUAUAAUAUACUGUCUCGUAAAUACAGUAGUAAUCUGUAGUAAGGUCGAACUUACAGUUUACUUAACAGCCAGUUGCUUAUGUUGGGUAUACAAAUAUAAUAAUUACCUAGCAGUUUAUUGAAGGUGAAGUCAUAUUUUAAUGUCGUACAACGAUUAAAAAGUAAAAAGCAACUCAAUUUUUGCUCUUAUAUUGUGUUCCUAUGUUAUGAUGUGGAUAGAGCUCACCAGUAACACAUUCUUAUGACACGAAUUCCCAUUCGACGGCGAACAUCGCAGCCUCAAAUGCUACGAAUAUAUCUUUCUAUUUAGUCCAAACCUGCAAAAACCCUUUGACCACUGAAUGUACUUUUGAAUUAUUGGUUUGUUCUACAUAAUUAUCACCACUCUUUUGUUCAAAAGUUUUUAUUAUUUUAAUGAUGUAAAUUUGUAUUCUUUUUUAUUCGUUCUUCAGUUUGUUAAUCAAUUCUCUUUAUUAGUUUUAGAUUAAUACAAACAAGAAAGAAUACCAUGCUGAAAAAAAGUUUGAAUUUGUGUACACUUCCAAAUUGUUACAUUUCAAAUGUGAUUGAUCAACUACUAAUCAGAUCUAAACUUAAUAAUAACCAAUGUUAUCAACCCCAGUACUCAACUACACCUGUUCAGAAUGUUGUAAACAAUUCUGCUGAACUGACAACUGAUAAAUCUCCAUAUCCGAAAUAUCUGUCUUGGACAGAUCCACAUGAAUUGGCUCACUAUCUUAGUCAGCGUAUUGUAGCUUUAACUAAACAUUUUGUUGUGAUUGAUAAACCACCUAAUCUUUCUGUUUGGGGUCACUCACUAGCCAGCCGUGAAGCUAUUUCAAUGAUUAAUCCUAAAUUAUACAAUGCAUCAGAUCUUGGUAUAAAUGAUUGUUUACCACAAUUAAACACUAUAAUCACAUCGUUGGAACGGGAACAACAGGAUACUCCUAAUGAUAAUUCAUCGAAUUCAUGUGGAUCUAUUGAAAUUCCUAAAUUGUAUAUCAUUGAAUCUUUGCCAGCUGCUUAUUCCGGUCUCAUUUUAUUGGGUAGAAAUGAAAAAUAUACUAAUGCUGCUCGUAAAUUUUAUAAAACUGCGAUGCUUGGAGGUAGUCCUUGGGAACUAUAUCAGAAACUCCUAAUUGUUUGUUGGGGUAAGCCACAACAAAUUCAGUCAAAACCAACAUCAUUUCCGAUUGCUGCUUAUGCAUUGCAUGAUCAUCUGCGUGUCGGUUAUAGACCAUCUCCAAAUGGAAUUUCGAAAAGUUUAAAAUUGAAAGGUGUUAUUCUAGAAAAAUCUGUUCACCAUACAAUUCUUUCCGAAGGUUCUGAGAAUUCCAGUCUUGUCAAACUUGAAACAAACAGUCUGUAUCGUGGUUUACCUGAAGUCUACUUAUUAUAUGAAGGUUGCACUGUUGUCGGAGAAACAUUUCAAGCUUCACGUCUUGUGAACACUGGGAUAUCACCUAUUGUCUUACCGCCUAAUAAAAUUCGCUUAAACUAUUCUAUACCACUGAAACAACGUCGAAUUCUUGGUCAAUCCAAUAUUAAUUUCGAAGAUAUACCAGUUCAUAUUCAUCGUUCCCAUUUAUAUCUACCUAUACCAUUUUAUAUGAAUGCCUCAAAUUUAUGUAUAAAAUCAUAUGUUAAAAAGCCUUCACAUCUUUUUAAAAUCAAAUCUGAAAGCUUUUCUUUAAAAUCUUGUAAUAUAUCAUCAAAACCUAGUCCCUUAUCAUUAUCUUGUGUUAAGCAGGAAGUCGACAGUGAUACAAUACUGACAACAAAGACAACAACCAGUAAUAAUAAUAGUAAUAAUCGUACAAUUAAUUAUUACUUCUUAACAUGUCAUUCAUAUGAAUUGCCUGAUUAUUUUUCUAAUACUUUAGCUCGUCUUGGAAUUGAAUUUGAUUACGCUAAUUGGUUAGAACAAAACAUUAUAAAUAAUAAUAAUGAUAAAAUUAUAAAUAAAAUUACCUAAAUUAUUAAAUUUCAUCUUUUUUUCUUUUUACUAAUGAUAAUUAUCAGUGUGCAUAGGUACGUAUGUGCUUUGCACCUUCGAAGUGCAAAGUACUUCUAUAAGACUGGUAGGAUUAUAAUCCUGUACUCACCUUGAGUGGUGAGCAAAUAGAAGUAGUCGAGAAGUUCGUGUAUCUAGGUAGCUGCAUAAGUGCUGGUGGUGGCGUAAGUGUUGAAAUCAAUUCACGUAUAGUGAAAGCAAGAGCAACUUAUGUCAAUUUGGGCCAUCUUUGGCAUCUUCGUGAUGUUAGUCUGGUUGUAAAAGGUUUGACAUACAACGCGUCAAAGAGAGCAAUUUUGCUCUGUUUGUGAAACCUGGCCUAUUCGAGUUGAGAAUAUUGGACGAUUCUGUGUUCGAUCAUCGUUGUCUCCGAAGGAUUGCUGAUAUCCAGUUGCAACACCAUGUUAAUAAUGCAGAGGUUCGGCAUCGUGUGUUCAGACACAGAGACGAUAAUUCAAUUGGGCUGGCUUCUGUUGGUCUUUCACGACUCCCUGGCUGGAGUCUGAGAGAUGGUGCUACACAGUGGCUAGAGACGUUAUGAGAUAUGGCUCAGAAUAGAAGCCAGUGGCGAUGCUGCUGUAACCUUUUACUUUUUUUCAUAAAAGGUGGUUGUAACUUCCUUAACUGAAAGAAUCCUUCUGGUUUUGCCUUCCCAUUUCCGCAUUAUUAUUAUCAUCACACUACCUUACACUAAUCUGUUCGUUAUUGUUCUUUUUUUACGCUCCUUACCCCCAUUUUUUUCUCUUCGAAUUCUCAUUGUUUUGUGUGGCGCAUAUAUAUUUGGUGCCCUGUUGUACCAAUAUUUAUGUGUUCAAAUAAACAAAUAAUGAUAAUUAUCAACCGACAAUG